AUGUAGACUAUUGGGAUGUGUAAUUUUUCUUUUUGCACUUGUUCUUUUCGUCCUAGCAAAUGCUGCCUAACUGAAGUGGAAAAAUGCCUAUCUAAUAUUCUAUCCCUGACUUUGCAGGUGAGAAAUUUGUUAUUGACCGGAUGUCUGUUUUGUGGACCUCUGUUUCUCACGUUCUGCUUCCUCAACACUGUUGCAAUUUUUUACAGUGCCACAGCUGCAUUGCCAUUUGGUACCAUUGUGGUGAUAGUUCUUAUAUGGACUCUUGUUACAUCGCCUUUGCUAGUAUUGGGUGGUAUUGCGGGGAAAAAUAGCAAGGCUGAGUUUCAGGCUCCUGUACGCACAACAAAAUAUCCUAGAGAGAUCCCGCCAUCGCCUUGGUAUCGUGGAACUCUUCCUCAGAUGGCAAUGGCUGGGUUCCUGCCUUUUAGUGCAAUCUAUAUUGAACUCUACUACAUAUUCGCUAGUGUUUGGGGUCACAGGAUUUACACUAUAUACAGCAUCUUAUUUAUAGUCUUCAUCAUUCUCGUAAUUGUUACGGCUUUUAUUACUGUGGCUUUGAUAUAUUUUCAACUUGCUGCUGAAGAUCAUGAGUGGUGGUGGAGGUCUUUCCUUUGUGGUGGAUCAACUGGUUUAUUCAUCUAUGCCUACUGCUUAUACUACUACUAUGCACGAUCAGAUAUGUCUGGUUUCAUGCAAACCUCAUUUUUCUUUGGGUACAUGGCUUGCAUAUGCUAUGGUUUCUUUCUCAUGCUUGGGAGCAUAGGUUUCCGUGCAGCACUACUCUUUGUCCGUCACAUAUACCGCUCAAUCAAGUGUGAGUAGUGUGUCAGUUGAUUAGUAUUCUAUUUCCAACUGUUAUGUCUUACAAAUAUGGGAUGGAAUCAUCCCUGGUCAAAGAGGAACAUUAGGACUUGUAAGGAGGAAGCUUGUACUAAAUACAUCUGACGUUUUGAGAAACAAUUCUUCUUCUUUUCACCUCUACAGGUUGACAAUUUAUUUACCAUGAUAUGUUUUAGUUUAGCUUC